AUGAUCAUCAUUUCUAGAGAAGAACUUUUUAAUAUACUAUUGAAAAACUAUUGGAAUAAACCAUUAAAUAUACCAACUGUUAAAGAAAUAUCAACAGCUAUUGAAAGCAUCUGUACAUUGAAAUUUCUCCCAGAUGAACAUAGUUUGAAAUGUUUACGUGCUGAACUUUUUAGGCUUAAACAAAAUGGUUUACAAGCAAAAGUGAAGGGUGGGUCACAAUUUAGAAAGUUUAAAGAACAAUUAAAACAUUCCAAAUAUAGUUGGGACGUCAAAGUUGAUAGAGAAGAAACUCAGUUUUUAGUUGAUAAAAUAAAGGCUGAUACUGAAAAAGAUCUAAGGGAUAAAGAAAAAGAAAACAAAGAGUUGAGGGAAAAGUUAUGUAAUUUAAGUGCAGUAAUUGGUACUCCUGAAGUGAAACCUAUAAAGCGGAAAGCAUUUGCUGAUUGCACACCUAGUUGGCAGUCCAAAAUUAGGAAAAAAGAUGAAGAACAUUGUAAAAAAGCACUGUCAUUUUUAAAAGAUUCAGAUGCUGUGCCUGUAUCUGUCACAGUGGUCAGGAAUGGAAAAGAGGAGGUGCUUAGAUUGUAUGAAACUGGUGAAAAUAAGGAAAACCAGUCACUGGAGGCAAGUGAAACUUUAGAUGAUUUGAAUGCUCUGAUUUACAUUUUAGAUACAUUUAACAUCAGUAAAGAUGCAUAUCAUGAGUUGAGUAUGGCAUUUAAAACCCUCCCAAGAAUUAACGCUGUUAAUAAAGUUCUUUCAGAUUUAAAUUCAAAAUUUGAUAUCAUCCAAACUCCAGAUGGACUUGGUGUUCAGCAGAGUUUGAAAAAACAUUUACAUGACGUACUUUCACAUAAGAUUAAAACUGACAAGAACUUUGCCCCUGCAGGUAAGGUAAAAAUUAAAAUAUCAGGGGAUGGUACAAAUAUAGGGAAAAGGAUUCAUGUUGUUAAUGUUACUUUUACUAUUGUAAAUGAAGAAAGGAGUGCAUCAGUCCGGGGAAACUACCCUUUGGCUGUCAUACGAACUGCAGAAAAAUAUAGUGAUCUAGUAUUGGGUUUAUCAGAUUUGGUUAAGGAAGUUGAGGAACUAGAUGGCAAUAGUCUAAAAGUACAACAUAGAAGUUUUGAUAUUGAAAUAGUUUUAGGCGGGGAUUAUAAAUUUCUUCUGCUUGCUACUGGAAUAUCUUCAGUAGCUUGUCAGCAUUUUUGCAUUUACUGCACAUGUAACAAGGCUGAAAAACUAGACCUCAGUAGAAAUUGGUCUAUGGUUGAUCCAUCCAAAGGAGCUAGACUUGAGUAUAAGUGUGAGGAAUUGGUACAAUCUUCAUCACUAAAGAGAAAGAAGGUCAACAAGGGUUUUUUUUCUGUGAAGAAUAAGCCACUUUUUCCAAGCAUUACUCCAAAUCGUGUUGUUAUAGACCAUUUGCAUAUGUAUUUGAGAAUAUCUGACAAAUUGUUCAAUCUUCUCCUUUCUGACUUAAGAUGCUUAGAUAACAUAAAUGAGAACUCCACAUUUACAAGUGUGUACGAGAAGAAAGACAAACUGAAGCAUGUUUUGAAAUUAGAAAAUGUGCUACAGCAACUUGGAAUACAUUUUGAGAUAGGUGUAAAUCAAGAAACAAAGAAAUUGGACUACAGAGACCUUACAGGUCCAGAGAAGCGUGUUUUGUUUGACCAUUUUCAUGCAUCAGAUUUGUUUGAGGAUAAGGACAGAGCAGCAGAGAUUCAGGAAUUAUGGGAUGGCUUUAAAGACAUAAAUGAGUUAAUAAAAUCUGAAAAUCCAGACCCUGAUGAGAUUGAAGCGAAGGCAAAAAGCUGGUGUGCUCUUUAUAUACAGGUGUAUCAAACAAGAGAUAUUACCCCAUACAUACACUUGUUGAGAUAUCAUGUGGGAGAGAUCAUUAGAACUCAUGGAACCAUGGUAAGAUUUAGCCAACAAGGACUAGAAAAACUCAAUGAUAAUAUAACAAAGCAGUUUUUUAGGGGAUCAUGUCAUAGAGGAUUACCUGCAUUGAAGCAAGUAUUAGAGAAACAAAAUCGGCUCUUAUUUCUCGAGGGAAAAGGGAAAAGAACAAAAGAAAGUAGGAAAUGUUCAAACUGUCAUGGUGCAGACCAUAACUCAAAGUCAUGUGCCAAGUAGUUUUCUGUGUGUAUCUAUUAAAAAUGCAGCAUGCUUUCUUAAGUAAAAUCCAAUCUAUAUUGUAUUGAGGUUGUGUAACUGCCAGUUAUUUGUUGAUGUAAAAAUGAUAUACCUGCAGAUAUAAAAAAAAGGCAUUCAAUUAAUAUGAAAGUGAAAUAUAUGACUGCAUUAAAUACAUGUACUGAAAUGAAGUUUUUGUUGAAGUUUAACAUGCAAAUGCAUGCAUAGAUUUGUUUAUCUCACUUGGAUCUUGGUUUAUACAUGUAUGUAAUUUUAUAAU